AUGGCGUUCGAGCCGCGCAGCCCAACGUUCGCGAAAUAUGGCGAGGAGCGCCAGCCGCUGCUGGACUACAAGCAAAAACACGAGACGGUCGUGGGGAUCGCCGGAAGCCUCGAGAUCCCGGACGAAGCCGAGCCCCACGUCGUCGAUGAGCUCAAGACGCUGCUCAAGCUGGUGUACCCCGUCGUUGUGACGUCUGCGCUCGAGUUUCUGCCGGGCUUCACGUGCAUCAUCUUGGCGGGGCACAUCCAGUCCCCGCGCACGCAGCAGUAUGUAGACGCAGCUACACUCUCCACCAUGUUUAUCAACAUCACUGCGUACUCCGUCGGCUUUGGACUCACAUCGGCGCUGGACACGCUGUGCUCGCAGGCGUACGGAGCGCGGAGGUUUGAGAAGAUUGGGAUUUACUUCCAGGCCGGACUGCAGAUUAUCCUGGCGUGUCUGGGACCGGUUUUCCUGUUGAACUGGUACUCUGAGAGCUUCCUGCUGUACAUGGGGCAAGAUCCGGAGGUGGCGCAGUUGGCGCAGAGCUUCUCGCGGUGGAUGCUGCCUGGCGUGCCCUUCGUUUUCCUGUACGAAUUGGUGCGCAAGGUGCUGCAGGCCCAAAACAUCAUGAAGCCACUCGUGGGGAUCGCAGCCAUGGGCAACGUCGUGAACAUCGUCACGGGCUACGUGCUGACCUACCACACGUCCAUGGGCUUUGAGGGCAUUGCGCUGUCCAGGUCGCUGGGAAAUAUGGUGCUGCCAUUGCUGCUGAUCCCAUACUUCUACUACCACCCGCACCACCUGACCCAAUGGUGGCGCGGAUGGAAUAUGAAGGAGGCGUUCGCGCACGUCGCAAUGUUCCUCUCUUUAGGGGUCCCGGGCGCUUUGAUGAUGACGAUGGAAUGGUGGGCGUUUGAGCUGCUUACGUUGAUGGCAGGCAUCCUCCCGAACGCUGUGGUGUCGGUCAGCGCUCAUGCAGUGCUGGUCAACAUCAACAACACCAUUUAUAUGACUUUUGCCGGUCUCGCAGUCGCUUCAAACAUCCGAGUGGGCAACUGUCUGGGUGCCAACGCUCCGAAGCAGGCGAAGCUUGCGUGCACGGUGUCGCUGCUGCUGACGCUGGGCAUUUCGUCAACCUUUUCCAUUUUGAUGUACGUCUUCCGUGGCAGUAUCCCGAGCCUCUUCCUCAACGACCCCAAGGGAAUUGCGCGAGCUGCGAGCGUCCUGGCUGUUUGGGCGCCGCUGGAAGUGCUGGACGGGCUCAAUGCAGUGGUCCAGGGGAUCUUCCGAGGUGCCGGCAAGCAGAAGGUGGCUGCCACCGUGAAUGCUGUAGCCUACUACAUUUUCGGCAUCCCGGUGGCCGGACUUUUGGGUUUCCACUUUGUGCUGGGCGUCGAGGGUCUCUGGCUGGGCUUCGGCUUCGGCAUCUUCGUUGCCGCGUCGCUGCAGUUCUACAUGCUGUUCGAGCGCUGGACGUGGGCGAAACUCGCCGAUGAGGCUCAGAAGCGCACGGCCGAAUAA